AUAUACACUGAUCAUCAGGGCACUGAUGAUCAGUGUGCCCUGAUGAUCAGUGUGGCCCCAGAAGUGCCACCUGUCAGUGUCCAUCAGUGCCAACUGUCAGUGCUGAACAGUGCCACAUAUCAGUGCCCAUCUGAGCUGCCUUUCAGUGCCACCUAUCAGUUCCAGUCAGUGCCACCUAUCAGUUCCAGUCAGUGCCACCUAUCAGUGCCAUAUAUCAGUGCUGCCUUUCAGUGCCCAUCAGUGAUGCCUGUCAAUGCCCAUCAGUGCCAUCUACCAGUACCACCUAUCAGUGUCCGUCAGUGCAUCUUAUCAGUGCCCAUCAGUACAGUCUCAUUAGCGCACAUCAGUGAA